UUUUAAGCAAGCGCUCUGAACGAUUUUGACAUGAAUCUCUGACAGUCAAUUUUAAGAAUUGUUAUGUUAAAAAAUGGAUAGAUAUACGAAAACAGAACACGGCAGUAUGAUUGUCUCUCAAAACCACGCUAUGACGGAAGUUGAAGUUCAAUCAUUAGAUAUGUGCAAAGAAGAAAUUAUUCUACUAAUCGACCCUUACUUUGUGUCUGCAACACUUUGUAGAGAAUACCCUCAAUUUGAACCUGUUCACCAGGUUAUCCACGAGUUGGAACUGACAAACGACAGGAAAGACGUCUCAGAAGUUUUAAUAAGCCACCUGCCACAACAUAUUUGCUUAAAGGACUUCGUGUUUAUUCUUAAAGAAUGUGGCUAUACAGCAUUGGCUGCAGAACUGUUACGUUCCCGUUUAAAACUGGACGCGGUAAAAACCUUAAAACAUAUACAUAGAUCGACAUCAGGACAAAGGCCAUGGAUAAGUAAAAUGAAUUUCGUUCUGAAAAACAAGGUGGAUGAUGCAAUGUUCACUAAUCCUCGGCUUGCUUUACGCCAAAUCAGAGACAGGUUUAUCCUAAAAAUGCAAAAUGAAAGUGAUGAAGAUCGGAGACAAUUUCUUGCUGACAAAUGUGUAGCAGUUAUUGGCGCAGAAAUCGAUGCGAUAGCUAUAACAUUUGAUAAAGGUCUGUGUGAAGGAGCUGUCUUCACCGAAAUGAAAAGUCUCACACACGCGACUAGUAAUACACUGCUAACAGAUGGUGUGUAUUUAGGCCGGUUAGCAAAUGCAAAUGCUAUCGCAGGACGUUUCAAUGAAAGCACUCACAUGAUCAAAGCUGCCCUUUGUAAUGCAUUCUCUAUUGGUCCUUGCUUUGAACUUGUGUUUAUGAUUUAUAACGCAGUGCAAGUUAUGCUGUAUAGCUUUGAAAACUCACCAACAGCUGAAAACAGGCGGGCUCUGUUAUUGUUCGGCAACAUUGGUCUUCAAUAUGCUGAACAGGAGAUUUCGGAGAGCAAAAUGAUGUGGAGACGAUCUUACGUUUUGAGAAUGGUAUUCUGCUUGCUUGGUCUCGGGAACAAAGCAAGCGUAAUUAAAAAUUGUCCUGUUGACGCAACAUGCAUUGUAGAAGCAAAGACACUUCUUGCCGAUAUUGAAAAAAACUUGACUGGAAUAGAAACAAGAAGAGAAAUGUUGUACUAUGUUGCUAAAGCUAGAUUAGCUGAGUUAACACAGCAGCACCAGGACUGUCUGGAUAAUUUACGAAUAUCUCAGAACCUUGCCAUUGAAGGCCAUUUUGGCGAAUUAAGAUUCAUUUCAGAUUAUCUUGAUAAGGUGAACACGCAAAUUCAACGCCCAGAUAUCAUAAAAUGGGAAGAACGGGAGAGGGAAGAACUUGGUAAUUUGAACUUAGAUGAAACAAAAAACUAUUCUUUUCUUGGAAGCCAAAGUCUUGAGACUAUCAGUAUCCGUACAUUUGAUGAUGCUGAAACCAUUCCAAAACACAGGUUAAACUCUCAAGUAGCAUUGAGUUCAACAUCAACCUUGGCUGGCAAUAGCGAUGCAGACUCUUUCACGAAACCUAAAUGUGUGUUUUCCACUGAACAUCCGUACCCUAUCCAAGAACAAUUACAUGGCUCAUAUGAAACCCGAAUUCCAGGUGACGGUCGUGAAAGUGCUAGCAAUACAUCGUGUCAAACAGGUGAAAGGUUAUCAAGUUCUCAUGAAGGUUAUCAAAAAGAGGGAGACACAAGUGUAGAACAUUUAAAUGUGUACCAGUCGUUUAAAGAUUCAGAUGAAUUUGAAAAUAUGUCAUCUCUGGAUAGCGAUGAUGUGAUUUGUGAUUGAUAUGUCACAUGCGCUGCGCCAUACUGAGUAGGUUUAAUACGGUGCCAUUUUGAGAAGAAAUUCGAAUUUGAAGAAAGUGAACAGUCUAAGCCAGUGCACCAACUUUACUUUUAAUGCAAGGGUUCAUUCCGUGUUUUCAACACUCUAUACAUCUAUUCCACAAUCUUUAGUCACAAACAAAUUGACUCCUCUUAUCGAAAAAACCUUUGCGAGGGUAAAAACUACUAUGGCAGUAACUGAUAAAAAGCUUUUUUACCAAUGAUCGCUCAGAUAAAUAUAUCUUUUGGACAAGCAUAGAUGUCAUUGAAGUUUUAAAUUUUGUACUUUUGUAUAAUUCUUUUCUAAAAUUCGGUAAAUGUUUCUAUAAUCAAUCAAUUGGCAUUCCAAUUGGUGCGAAUUAUGCACUUUUACUUGCAGACCUCUUUUUAUAUUGCUAUGAAAGUGAAUAUAUGUUGAAAUUAUCUGGAGUCUGAAGAUCUCGCUCUUGUUGAUAAAUUCAACGGCACUUUAAGAUAUAUUGAUAAUAUUCUGAGUUUGGAUAAUCCUGUGAUUACAGAAUAUAUUCAAUCGAUAUACCCUUCACAAAUGCAACUUAAUAAAUCUAAUACAUCCGAUUUAGAAGCAUCCUAUUUAGAUCUGCAA